GCUUAAUUUAUGUUCCAUUGUUAUCAUUGCAGGAUGGAUGAAAUGAUGCGAGGACAGAGAGGGUGGAGGGAGUUGGCUGUUCUGGGAGAUAAAAUAGAUAAGUUUACUGGCAUGUUGGAGGGUUUGAUAUGGUCUCCGAGAAGUGGUGACAGAAAGGACCAAGUCGAUGAUUGGUCAUUUGAGGAGGGGCCACACUCUGAUUUUUCUGGACCAACGUCUGGCAGCACUGCUUGUGUAGCAAUUAUUAGGGACAACCAACUUGUUAUUGCAAAUGCUGGUGAUUCUCGCUGUGUAAUUUCUAGGAAAGGUCAGGCACACAAUCUUUCAAGAGACCACAAGCCUGAUCUUGAGGUUGAGAGAGAGAGAAUUUUAAAAGCAGGUGGUUUUAUCCAAGCAGGACGUGUUAAUGGAAGCCUAAAUCUUGCUAGAGCUAUAGGUGACGUGGAAUUCAAACAGAACAAGUUUUUGCCAGCUGACAAGCAAAUUGUAACUGCUAAUCCAGAUAUAAAUGUUGUUGAACUUUGUGGUGAUGAUGAGUUCCUUGUGCUUGCCUGUGAUGGCAUUUGGGAUUGCCUGUCAAACCAACAACUCGUUGAUUUCAUACGUGACCAGCUGAAAUCUGAAAAUAAGCUCUCUGUUGUCUGUGAAAAAGUACUCGAUAGGUGUCUCGCGCCAUCUACUGCUGUGGGCUUGGGUUGUGACAACAUGACCAUGAUCUUAGUGCAAUUUAAGAAACCUACCCAGUCGGGUACAUCUGUAGACGAGCAAUCUUCUGCCAAGGAAGUAGCGAAGAUUGAGUCAAAAUCAACAGAAAGUGGAUCAUAUUUGGGUAAGGAUUCUUCAUGAGUUCUAUGAUUCUGAAAUUGCAGCUGUAUAUAGUUUUGCUGGAACUGAGAGGUUCUUAGAUUAGAAGGGAUUGUGUUCCAUUCUGUUUGUAACACUUCAACAUGCAAUAACCAUUGGAUGAAUGUGUAUAAAGGAUUCAACUACAGGUUUGAACAUCAAUGAUAAAUGUCUAGCAUGAUGAAAGAUUUGCAUCCCAUCUCUACUGCUUAUUCAUGCGAUUAGAGUAAUUGAGUGCUGUUUUGUAAUACUUUUAAGUGCUUAUAAGUAGUGGAUCUUGAAAUAUGUAAUAAAAAGUGAGUUGUAAA